AUAAAUCAAUUGGUGGGCAAAACCCCACCACUGAACUGCGAAAGACAAGAACUUCCCAACUCUAAUCUUUCAGUCUCAAAUUCAAUCCAUUAACUGUCUUAUACUUUUGGGUUUCUUGUCUUUCUCAAAUUUCGAAAUUAGAAUUCGCCUUUGACAGGGUGAAAUGGACAAUGUAGAUGCAAAUCAGCUUCCCGAAGUGGAUUCAUUGCCAGAUGGGUUUGUUGAUGGCUCCAUUGAAUCUUUGGCUCCUCCAACCCCUCCUUUUGAACAAGAGAAGCCUUUGAGUGUUCGCAACAAGGACAGUAUCUCAGAAAUUGUUCAUCCAACUGGAGGAUUGCCAGAAUUUUCAGCAAAUGAAUCUCAAACAAGCCAAGAAAGCAAUGAGAAGGUGGGAAACAUGAGAACGUUAUUUGAUGCUUCUGUGCUUAUAGUGGAUCAUGCCCAUGUGGAACAGGUGGAAGGUACAGCAACCAUACUGGAUUCAGCUAACUUAGUCUCCAACACUUCAAUUGAGGUAUCUGGAUGCAGUGAGUUAAACGAACAAGUUUCAGGGAAUUGUCAAAGUUCAGAUAGAUCUGUUCAAGGAGGUUCAAGUACAUAUGCUACAGAUGUAAAGGAAAUGUCUUCAUCUGAAAGCUUACAAUCACAGAAAGGCAGAAAACUAGAAACUCCUGAAGCCAAACGUAAGAAUCCAAAACGGUCUUUUAAAUCAGAAAAAGAGUUUCUAGAGUUCACUUUGAAGUACCAACAAGUUCUUGCUGAAAGAGAUGCAGCAAUUGCCAUGCGUAAUAAACUUGAGUCACUCUGCAGAGAGUUACAACGCCAGAAUAAAAUGUUAAUGGAAGAAUGCAAAAGGGUGUCAACCGAAGGGCAAACUUUGAGAUUGGAUUUGUCUACUAAGUUCCAAGAUGCAAUCAAGGAUGUGAGCAUCAGGUUAGAGGAACAGAAAGAGGAAUGUUUCUCUCAGUUGAAGGAGAACGAAAUGUUAAGAACUAAGCUCAAGCAACUGGCCGAUCAGUAUGCUGUUUCUGAACAGCAACAUGCACAGAAGUUAAAGCAGAAAUCGCUAGAACUUCAGAUUGCUGAAUUGAAGAUCAAGCAACAUGAAGAGAAAUUAGUCCAUGAGCAGUCUCAGAUGAAAGUAUAUGCUGAACAGGUGUCACAGUUAUUAGCAACUGAAAAGAAUUUGCGCAUGAAAUUAACAGCUGACGGAGAAAAAUUUCAACAAUUUCAGGAUGCAUUAUUAAAGAGCAACGAGGUUUUUGAAACAUUUAAGCAAGAGAUUGAGAAGAGGACGAAAUCGAUCAAGAAACUCAAGAAAGAAAACGUGUUCUUGAAGAGCAAGACUGAGAAGUCAGAUGUUACUCUUAUAGAACUUGUUGAGGAGCGUGAGAGAUUGAAGAAGCAACUGGAGAAAACAAAGAAUCAGAAAGAGAAGUUGGAAUCGUUGUGCCGGUCUCUUCAAGCUGAAAGGAAGCAGAAUUCUAAUGGGGGAAACACCCCUGACACAGUUCGGAAUGAUCACUAAGAUUAAGCAUGUAUGAAUACUUGUAAGAAGGAUUUUCCAAGUAAUGCGUCAAAUUUUAUUUAAUAUUAACCUCUUUUGCUUGUUCACGGGAUGAAAUGCAACUGCGAGUGUAAUUGUAAUACAUCUUUGGAGAAAUAGAUUCUUCCUUUUCUUGCUUCUCUA